UACUGUGAAAUCUGUGAUCAUCAAUUUUAAGCAUCUCAUUUUCUUUUGUUUCUCACACAAUGUUUCAAAUUGAUAUUUUAAUAUUUUUAGCUUCUGACUCUCUUACAGAAGGCUCACUCAGUGAUUGCCUUUCUAUAUAAAUGAUAAAUCUCCCCUCACGGCAACUUGUAUGUAUAAAUAACUAGUAGCAAGUUAAAACAUACAAAGUGUUUUGCAACAAUCAAACAAGUGAGUCAAGGAUCAAAGCGCAUUGCGCUGCAAAUCCAAUGACACUUUGUAACACAAGUCAUAGUCUUAACAUGCUAGUGAAACAAGUAUUUAUACACACACUCUCCUCAUUCGCAAACACAAGUUGGGGAGAUCCAAGGCGGCCCUUUACAUUCCUUCCCAAAAUUCCAGUCCUGCCCAUAUUUUCUUGCAUUCUUGAUUCAUAAAUUUCAUAAAGGUUGGAUUUUUACAACAAGAACAUGAAAACAUAUGUGCGAAGAAAGAAACAAGACAAAAUGGUGAUUGAAGAUGAUAGCUUUAUCCGCCCCGAUUCUCACAAGCAGUCUCGAAGCUCACCUUUACCGAAACCCGGGUCUGAAUUUUCAGUCGUUUUAAGCCCCCCUUCUAUGUCCAAUCUCCAUGAUCAUGAAGAAGAAUCUGAAAGCAGCAAAGAGAAAUCAUCCACUCUGAUCGAAUCUACUCCAGAUGCAAAAAUAGACGAAAAAACGGAUCUACUCAACCUGCCGUUGGCUCAAUGGGUUCAACCCCAAAAUAAAAGGAAAAUCGUUUCGUUAGAAACUUCAACCCAGAAAGUCAUUUCGCCUGUCAAACUUGAAUCUGUACAAUCACCGACACAAAGUGAUGUCGAUGUGCAAAGGGGUGAUGUAUGCCCUACUCCAGGGUGUGUUGUUUGGGCAAAAAAAGCUUCUCAGAUGUGGUGGCCUGCUGAGGUCUUGGUGCAUGAAGCUCUAGCACCCAACUCUUGUACUGAAAACACUGGGGGGCUUGUUUUAGUACACUACUAUGGCAGUGAAAAGAGUGAUUGGGUUGAUCCAGCUAGAGAUCUUUCACCGUUUAAGGAGUGCUUUGAAGAAAGAAGUCGCAAUCCUUCUGAAGAGUUUCAACAGGCACUAAAACAGGCACUGCAUCAGAAAAAACAUCAAAGUUCGACCACAAAAUUGAUUGUUCCUGCUCAAGGUGAUGCUUGCCUAAACUCAACAAAUUCGAAUAAAACAGAAGACUGCUCGGUAAAAGGAAGGGGUAAAAGACAACGAAAGCCGAAAGUUCACUUUGAUGAGUUGAGCAUUUCCUCAAAUUCAGCAAAGGAUUCUCGGCGGUUGAGAAUUAUGAGAUCUCUCGGUCUUGCUCCUCCAAUUGGCUCCCCUUUUGCUUAAUCUCCGGUGUUGGAGUAGGUGUUGUUGGCAGUAAUCAUUUAUAUUUUACCAUCACCGUUUUAUAUUUUACCAUCACCAGAUAUAGUUUACUCACAUAAGAGACAUGGGAUGAUCAUAAUUAUGAUACAUUCACAUAGUAUCUGGUAGCUGAAUAUGAAAGUGUAGUACAUGCUCUGGCGAGCUCUUCUACAAAAACUUACACCCUUUGGAGUUUAA